CUCGACAGUGAUGCACCCGGCAAUGUGUACUGCGAAGGACCGAAGCGCAUCCUCAUGAGUCCUUAUUACUCACGGCCAAAAAAAGGCUACCUGUCCCGCUAUGCUGGUUUGAAGCCAAGAUGUGCGCAUACCGAGUCGGUUGUCAAGUGAUUCCUUUUUUCGGUGGAGGCGCGUUCAAUACGGUUCAGCCUUCAUGCUUGAGAUUGACCAUAUACUCGCCUUUCAGCACCAUAUCUUCACCUUUACCAGCAUCUAUAUAAUGGGUCUCGAAAUAUGGUAUGAUCGUUACCUCCCAGUACAGUUUAAUCAUGUUCCCAGCCGCAUCUCUGUUGACGACUCUCCUCCUGGCCUUGUCCAUCGCGGCAUCGCCCGUUGAAGUUCGCAACUCCCCCGUCACCCUCCCUAUCGCCAGGAGGCUGAACACCUCUGGUGGUGCCAUCAACCUUGUGCAGCACGACCAAUCUCGUGCAGCCGCCCUCAAAAGUUUCAAGGGAGAUAGCACCCUCAGCCGUCGCACUGGUAGCAUUACUGUGACAAACGAUGCUGUAGGCUAUAUCGCAGAAGUUGGCGUUGGCAGCCCCGCCACAAACUACUACUUGAUUGUCGACACCGGUAGCUCGAACACAUGGGUUGGUGCCGACACCAAGUACGUGAAGACCAGCACCAGCGUCGACACUGGCGAUGCUGUAGAGGUCACCUACGGCUCUGGCUCCUUCUCUGGAACUGAGUACACCGACACCGUCGCUCUCGGUAGUGGGCUUACCAUCACUGCGCAGUCGAUUGGUGUUGCUGCUACUUCGACGGGCUUCACCGGUGUCGACGGUAUUCUCGGCAUCGGGCCCCUAAUCUUGACAGAGGGCACCCUGACGAAUUACCCAGACACGACGAUCCCGACUGUCACUGACAACCUGUACAGCCAAGGCAUCAUUUCUGAGAUAGUCGUCGGUAUAUCUUUCGAGCCCACCACUACAGAGUCAGACGCCAACGGAGAGCUCACCUUCGGUGGAGUCGACGCUACCAAGUACACUGGCACUCUCGCAUACACUCCUCUCACCACCACCGAACCCGCAUCCUACUACUGGGGUAUCAACGAGAGCAUCACUUACGGCACGACGACCAUCUUGGCCGAGACGGCCGGUAUCGUCGACACUGGCACCACCCUCAUCCUCCUCGCCAGCAACGCCUACGACGCGUACAAGUCUGCAACUGGUGCUACUCUGGAUGCGACGACUGGUCUUCUCCGCAUUACUACCACCCAGUACAGCGCCCUCAAGAACCUGAACUUCGUUGUUGGCAGCAACACCUACACUCUCACUGCAAACGCCCAGAUCUGGCCUCGUUCGCUUAACACUUACAUCGGUGGUACUACCAACUACAUCUACCUCGUUGUCAACGACCUCGGCACGCCCAGCGGUGAGGGUCUCGACUUCAUCAACGGCUACACUUUCCUUGAGCGCUUCUACGCCGUGUUCGAUACCACGCACUCCCAAGUCGGGUUUGCCACAACCGCAUACACGGAUGCCACCACCAACUGAUGCAAUUUUUUUUGUUGGGUAUUGGGUAU